AUGGAGGAUAACUCUGACAUCGACAAGGCUACUACAAAUGUGCCUCAGACAUUGAAAGAGGAGAACACCAAUGUCCCGGCUGCUGAUUCAACCCCCGAGACUCGAUCAGGGACUCCUACUGAGUCUGAGACAGAAGAUGAAAAACCAAACCCGGCCAACCCAAGCGAGAAACGGCGGGCACUCAACUGUAAAUUCAAGGAUUUGCUGUCACGGCGGGCUGAAGCCAUCACAGAGGAUGAUGUCAAGGCCGUUAUCAAGGCAACUGAUGAUACUCAGCUAUCAAUGACAAAUAUAAUUGCCAAACAGGACUAUACCUCGAUUAUCCAUGACCCUCGUGAAUAUCAGCUUGAGCUUUUUGAGAAAGCAAAGGAGAAGAAUAUCAUUGCUGUACUCGAGACUGGCUCUGGAAAAACACUUAUUGCUGUCCUUCUUCUCAAGCAUGUCAUUGAACAGGAAUUGACAGACCGUAGCCUUGGACUGCCGCCUCGUAUCUCAUUCUUCCUGAACAAUAUACCUCAGAAGAUAGACAAAUUUUGUGGUGCAAUGCAGACAGAUCUCUGGAACAAGGAAACCUGGGAAGGCCACUUCAAGAGAAAUAUGGUUAUUGUCUGUACUGCAGAAGUGCUUCAUCAAUGUCUGCUUCAUUCCUUUAUUCAGAUCGACCAAAUAAACCUGUUGAUCUUUGAUGAGGCUCACCAUGCUAAAAAGGAGCAUCCAUAUGCAAGAAUCAUCAAGGACUUUUAUCUAAAAGAGCCUGAGAGGAAGCCAAAAAUAUUUGGCAUGACUGCAUCACCAGUGGAUGCUAAGGUUGAGGUUGUAGGGGCAGCAAAAACUCUUGAAGCCAUGCUCGACAGCCAGAUAACCACGGCAUCAAAUCCUGCUCUUCUACGGCAGAGCGUGACUCGGCCAACAGAAGAAAUUUGGGAAUAUGAUAGGCUUGAAUUGCCUUUUGAGACACCACUUUAUAGCAAGCUUCGACAGAAGUUUGGUGAUAUCAAGGUCCUGGAAAAGAUAUUUAAAUUCUCACGUGAGACAUCCUCAAGUCUAGGAAGCUGGUGCUCUGACUGGAUAUGGAGCUACUGUUUGAGUGAGGAAACCCUGCCUAAGCUAGAAGCUAGGUCAAACCGGCCCUUGAUGAAAAGUAUACCCGACCAGUCCUCUUGUGAUACGGAAGCUGAAAGGAUCAGGGAGGCGGGAGCCAUCAUCAAGGAGCAUGAGUUUGGUGACCCGGUUGCUAACCCGGAGCUUCUCAGCCGUAAGGUGCUACUGCUGAGAGACCAGCUCCUACGGCGGUUCAAAGAAAAUCCAGAUACUCGAUGCAUCGUCUUCACUGCACAACGCCAUACAGCAAGAAUUCUUAGAGAUCUUUUCAAGAAAAUCGGAUCUCAAUAUAUUCGGCCAAACCUACUGGUUGGUGUUCGGUCUGGUGGUGAUAAAAUUGGACUAGACAUCUCUUUCAGAGAACAGUUCCUGAAUGUGAUAGCUUUCAGGAAGGUGAAUGAAUCCAACGAGUAUUUAAUACCGGGCCUUGGAACUGACUUCAAUCUCAGAUUCGAUCUUUACUCUACACUCAUUCAAUAUAUCCAGAGCAGAGGCAGAGCUCGACAUAUGGAGUCCACGGUAUGCAUUACGUACCUGGAAGUUUCUCUAGUCCAAACUAACAUCUUUACUCAGUUUGCACACAUGGUGGAACGCAAUAACCUAAUGCAUGAGACUGCGGUCGAGGAAGAAGUUCUCACUCGCUUCUGCAAAUCCCUUCCAGAAGACAGAUUAUUAAAGGGGACUGGUGACAUUGAUAUGAUGAUAGAAAAAGACAGGCAGCAAAAAUCUUACACUAUCAAAAGCACGGGUGCAAAGCUCACCUACCCUUCUUCAUUAGCUGUUCUUGCACACUACGCAAGCACUUUGCAAUAUGAAAAAGAACUGUCAACUCAGGUCAGUUAUAUCAUCCAUCCGAAAGAUGGUGCUUUCAUCUGUGAGACCAUACUCCCUGAGAAAUCACCAAUACGAGGAUGCAUGGGAAAGUCGGCCUCGCGGAAGCUCCUUGCAAAGCAAUCCGCAGCCUUUGAGACGUGCCUGCUGCUGCGCAAGAACAGGUUACUCGAUGAAUAUUUCAUUUCGACCUACCACAAACGACUCCCGGUAAUGAGAAAUGCUCGACUCGCCAUCACAUCGAAGAAAAGCAACAAAUAUAGCAUGAUAUCCAAACCUGCAGCGUGGGAACUCUCUAGGGGAGAGUCACCAACGGUUCUAUAUGCCACUGUUCUCUCACUCUCGGACUGCGAGAAGCUGCAAAAGUCUUACCACCCAAUUGUGUUGUUGACAAGAGUUCCAAUGCCUGACUUCCCCGCUUUCCCCUUAUACCUGGAACACAAUAAGAAAUGCAGUAGCUGCAGCAUAAGAGUUGAGGAAGGACUCAAAGUCAUACCACCUGAAUUGGAGCUUUUGACCAAAUUCACCUUCAGGGUCUUCGAGGAUGUCUUUCACAAAAUUUAUGAAGAAAAUUCAUCGCUGGUGUCUUACUUGAUUGCACCCGCAAAACUUGACGGUGUUACAGAUAUCAAAAAGUCAAACCCAGUCGAACUGAUCGAUUGGCAGAUGCUACAAUAUAUUCAAGAAAAUGAGGAACUUCUCUGGUCGCCUGAUAUGCCUAACGAAUUCCUCGAGAACAGGUUCCUUGUAGACAAGUGGGAUGGGAGAUAUCGUUAUUUUUCAAUCAAAGUUGAUCCAACUCGGCGGCCUCAGGACCCAGUUCCAGAGAACGUGGCCCGACGCCGAUACAUGGACAACAUUAUGAACUAUUGUCUCAGCUUGUUCAAAAACUCGCGAGCUAGAUUCAUGAAAAGGUGCAACUGGGACCAGCCAGUAUUACGCUCGGAACUCAUACAGCUUCGCCGAAACUUCCUGGAUAUAGAUGAGAACCAGAAAAGUCCUCCUGUGGACUACUAUGUCUGCGCGGAGGCAUUAAAAAUUUCUGCAAUCUCUGUUCCCUUGGCCACACAGAUAUUCGUUUUCCCAGCAAUGAUCUGGAGAAUGGAAUCUUAUCUCAUUGCUUUGGAGGCCUGUGAAAAGCUUCAGCUGAAGAUUCCUCCAGAACUAGCGCUUGAGGCAUUAACUAAAGACUCGGAGAACACAGAGGAGCACGGCAUGGAACAAAUUCGAUUCCAAAGCGGAAUGGGCAAGAAUUAUGAACGACUUGAGUUCCUUGGUGACUGCUUCUUGAAGAUGGCAACAUCCAUAUCUCUCUUUGCCAUGAAUCCAGAUAAUGAUGAAUACGACUACCAUGUCAAACGUAUGCUACUCAUCUGCAACCAGAAUUUGUUCAACAAUGCAAUAAUUCUGGAGAUUUUCAAGUUCAUCCGCAGCAGAUCAUUCUCAAGACGAGCAUGGUAUCCUGAGGGUUUAACACUGCUUAAAGGCAAAGAUAAGAAAGAAGGUCCAAACGGUCCUGAGCAUGCACUUGCUGACAAAACUAUUGCUGAUGUAUGCGAGGCUCUAAUUGGAGCAUCUCUACUGGCUGGAGGUCCUGAUCACAAAUUUGACAUGGCUACAAAGGCAGUCACAGUUUUUGUCAAUAGUGAUGACCAUCGCGUGGAAAAAUGGGCAGACUACUCAAGACUGUACUCUUUGCCAAACUACCAAACAGCAUCAGCCAGUGCAUCUGAGAUUGACGUCGCCAACCAAAUCCAGUCAAAACUCGGCUAUUGUUUCAAGUACCCUAAGCUCCUUCGGUCGGCUUUCAUGCACCCAUCGUAUCCAUCUCAGUGGGCAAAUGUCCCUUGUUACCAACGUCUGGAAUUCCUUGGUGAUUCUUUACUUGAUAUGGUUUGCGUCAAUCAUCUUUUUGAAAGAUACCCCGACAAAGACCCCCAAUGGCUCACGGAGCACAAAAUGGCAAUGGUAUCCAACAAGUUCCUUGGUUCGCUUGCAGUCAGCCUCAACCUCCAUGUCCAUCUUAUCCAUAUCAGCAACACUCUCCAAGGCCAAAUAACUAGCUACACUGAAGAACUGCAGGCUAUGAAAAUCAAAAUGGAAGGAAACCUUGAGGCCUGGACGUACACAAACGAACCACCAAAGUGUUUACCGGACAUUGUUGAAGCAUACCUCGGAGCUAUAUUCGUGGACUCGAAUUUCAAUUUUGACGUUGUGGAUGAUUUCUUCCGAAAGUUCAUCCAGCACUAUUUCGAGGACAUGAGUGUGUACGAUACGUUCGCUAACAAGCACCCUAUCACCUUCCUUCACACUCGACUCGCCGUAGAUUUCGGCUGCACGUUCUACGCCUUGAAAGCAGAUGAAAUACCAUGUGUAGACGGCACCACGGUGCGUGCCCUCGCGGCUGUUUGCGUCCACGACGACAUCGUGGCCGAAGGGGUCGCCUCAUCUCCUCGCCAUGCCAAGUUGAAGGCGAGCCAGAAUGCCCUUCAGAUCCUGGAGGAGAUGAGUGCGGCGGACUUCCGAGCAAAGUACAAGUGCGACUGCCGCGAGAGACAGGAGGAGCACGAGGAAGAGGAGCCAGAGACAGCGGAAGAGUGA